AUGGAUGAGUCCCCAGAACCAGCUCUAGUCGAACCCCUGGGACAUGGAAACACAACCACACCGCCAACCGUUGACCCUACUGAUGACCAAGAAGAAGACGACGAGACAAACCAGGUCAACGGUGAGGCAGAAUACCCAACUGAUCACAGAGAAUAUGACCUGGUUGACCAAAGAUCUUCUGAACAGAUUUAUGAGGAAAAGGUACCCAACCAAACUGAAAGCGAAGAGUAUGGACAGAUCGAGCACCAGGUGUCUGGCCUGACGGAUAGAAGAACUCCUCAACAGAUGGAACGAAAAUUGUCAAGACAGGCUGAGAGAAGAACUUCAGAGCAGACUGACCGCAGGACGUCCCUGUCAUCCGACCGCAGGAUGUCCACGGCCUCGGACCGCAGAGUGUCCGUGUCAUCUGACCGCAGGAUGUCCACGUCGUCUGACCGCAGGAUGUCCACACCGUCUGACCGCAGGAUGUCCGUGCCAUCUGACCGCAGGAUGUCCGUGCCGUCUGACCGCAGGGCCUCUGAGCAGGCUGAUCGCAGGCUGUCCAGCCAGGCUGAGAGGAGGGUCUCUGAGCAGACUGACCGCAGGGUGUCUGUGCCAUCUGACCGCAGGAUGUCCUCGCCAUCUGACCGCAGGAUGUCCGUGCCGUCUGACCGCAGGGCCUCUGAGCAGGCCGAUCGCAGGCUGUCCAGCCAGGCUGAGAGGAGGACUUCGGAGCAGGCUGAUCGCAGGCUGUCCAGCCAGGCUGAGAGGAGGACUUCCGAGCAGGUUGAUCACAGAUUGUCUAGCCUAGCAGAGAGAAGAGCUUCGGAACAGGCUGACACCAGCUUGUUCAUAUCAUCCGACCAAAGAGCUUCUGAACAAAUUGACAGCAGGUCAUCUGACCAGGCGGAGAGCAGAACUUUGGAGGAUUCUGAGCAUAGAUUUUCUGGCCUGGCUGACCAAAGAACUCCUGAACAGACUGACCAAAUAUUGUUCAAUCUAUUUGAGAGUACUUCUGAGCACACUGAUCAGGGAUUGUCUGACCAAGUUGACCGCAAAACAUCUGUAAAGACUCAGCUAGCUGAACAACAGGCUGUUGACCAAGCUGAAAACUCUACUGAUCUUACUGUUGACAAGGCUGACUUCAGUGAACCUGACCAGGUGGACGACUUAGUGGACAAACAGGCUGAUGACCUGUCUUCCAAUGGAUCAUUUGACCAGUAUGACAGAGUAUUUUCUCAGUUCCGCGACAGCAAGGAGGAUAAAGAGGCUGAGUACAGAAUAGAGCCCUGCAAAUUUGAAGAUAGCCAAAUACACCUCAAUUCCAAUAGUUCAGUUGCAAUGGAAACUGAAACUGAAAGUCCAACCACUGUCUCAGCCCACCACCUACUGGAUACCAGAUUCACCAGUAAUUUUGUAGCAAAAGAUCCAGACUUUUACCAAAAAUUCCCAUCCAUCUCAUCCAAAUGUGAUAACACCAGUCAAGAAAACACCCAAGCCAUAGAAAUCAAUCCUGAUGAUUUUUCAGAAUUCGAGCAAGAAAGGAGUUAUAUGGAAAAGCAAACUCAUAAGAGGAAGUUCCCUCCCAUAACAUAUGAAGAUCCUUAUGAAGUUUCACUCCAAUACAUGGAGAAACAUCACAUUCUACAAAUAUUCCAGAAGAUCACUGAAAACUUAGUUUAUGAGAAACCAGAGGACCCUCUGCAUUUUAUGCUGCGCCAGGUAUGGAAUGGAAUCAAAGAACAAUCUUUUUAUUCUCAGCAUUGCGGCCUGUUACAGGAACUUCUUCCGAGCCUUCCUGUAGGUGGCGGUUCAGUCAGCCGCCUCCCUGGGCCAGUGGAGCGGAGGGUGGUCCCCUACAAGGCGAGGGAGAGCUCCAUCCUGGCGCGGUACGAGGGCUUCGUGGGCGCGCUGCGGCCGGCUUCUGCAGGAAUCCGUGAAAACGUUGCUUGGCUGGGAGCCCAUGUCUGGCCGCGCCCUGUCCGUACCGUCUGGGAAAAUUUGCAAAGAGCACCAAGACUGACUGAAGAAAACACGGUUUCCAGAGGCCCUGGAGAAUUGUGUGGCCCCGGGGGAACUUGA